AAUACUGCGCCCUAAUCCUACACAGCAAGUCCUGCAAGUCCCAUGCCAAAGUGGCCCGGUUUCGGCUAAUUAUAUAGUGAGACCUGAGACCUGAGACCCGAGCAUGGAGAGAUCGCCAGCAGCCAAUGCCGCGGAGCCUCCUGGCGAGGAUGGGGUGCCCAAGACGGGCCACCGACCACCGCCUCGCAUCACGUUCAGCGAGAACUCCAGUUCCCUAAUCCGCUGCAUCCCCAACGAACGGGCCACGUUCUUCGUGAAGAUCGACUGCGCCGAAGAGGAUGAGCCCGAACUGCUGCCCUUCAAAUUCGAGUGGAGCCGUGGUGAGAUUCCCAUUGAGAACUCCGACCGCUUCCGCAUCACGGCCACCAGCAAUGCCGUCCAGCUGGCCGUGGAGCAUGUGCAGCGGGAGGACGCCGGCCACUACACGCUGUUCGCCCGGACGAAGAGCCAGGAUGUGGUGCGCAGGCACGUGGAGCUCAUCGUGGAGGACAGAUCCACGGGCGACGAUCCGCCGGUGUUCCUGCGCCGCCUGCCCGACCUGUCCGUCAAAGUGGGCACCCGGACACGCCUCCUAACCGAAAUACGCAGCUCAACAGAUCUUAAGCUCACCUGGUACAGAAAUGACCGAAGAGUGUGCGCGAACGACCGCAUCACGGAGAUCAACGAGGGCACCUUCCACUACUUGGAGAUUAGUCCCGUGACGCUGGACGACGGCGGUCAGUGGAUGCUCAUGGCGGAGAACUUUGGCGGACGCAACUCCUGCCUGGGUAAUCUGAACGUCCUGGUGCCAAAGGCCUACAAAACACCCGAGUUCGUGGAGGAACUGCGCGCAGUGCUCACGGAGCAGGGAACCGUCUCGUUGGAGUGCAAGGUGGUGGGUGUGCCCACGCCCCAUUUGCGCUGGUUCAAGGACUCCAAGGAGAUCAAGGCUGGCGACAUCUUCGCCCUGACCGCCAACGCAGAUGACCCCACCUCGCUGGGCACGUACACGUGCGAGGCGCGCAACUGCAUGGGCGUCAACUACUCCAGCUCCAAGGUGCAUGUGGUGGGACGCGGAAGUCGCGAGGGAUCCCUCAAGCCAGCGGACAGCGUGGCAAGCAAUGCUCCGCCUCCGAUAUUCACGAACGAACUGCGAGACAUGAGCCUGCUCAUUGGGGAGACCAUCAUUCUCGGCUGUCAAGUGGUGGUGCCGCCGUGGCCGAAGAGCGUCUGCUGGUACAAUGCGAGCGGUCGCGUGGAGACCGCCGAGCGGUACAAGCUGAUCGAGGACGGUCUGGGUGUCUACAUGAUCGAGGUGAAGCCAUCGGAGUCCUGCGAUGCCGGCGAAUGGAAAUGCGUGGUGACCAGCUUCGAUGGCAGUAAGGGCAUUUCAACGUGUUCCGUUGCCAUGGACAUACCCAGGAACUAUCGCAAGCCCAGGUUUAUGGAGAGUCUGCGCGCCGUGCUCACCGAGGAGGGACUGGUGUCCUUCGAGUGCAAGGUGGUGGGCUUUCCCACGCCCAUUCUCAAGUGGUUCAAGGAUGGUCAUGAACUGAAACCAGGCGAUGUCUACCAGCUGACGGGCACCAACUCAUUGGGCACCUACUGCUGUAUUGCGCGUAAUUGCAUGGGAGAAACCAGCAGCACUGCCGUCCUCACCGUCGAGGACAUUCAGAACCAACUGACCGACGAGGAGCGAUUGGUGUUCACCGAACAAAAUCAGAACCAUGCGCCUAAGUUUCUAACUGGACUGAAAAGCACGGAUGCUAAGAUCAACGAACCCUUUCAGUUCAAGGUGGUGGUGAAGGCCACUCCGGAUCCAGUACUUUCCUGGUUCCGCGACGAGCUGCCCAUCGAUCCGAACGAAAGAUAUAACCAUUAUCGGGGUGAAAACGAAGACUGGCUGCUGGACAUUAAGUCCGUGGAGUUUGUGGAUCAAGCAGAGUGGAAGUGCGUGGCCGUGAACGACUUCGGCACCAGCAUCACCUCCUGUUUCCUGAAGCUGCAGAUCCCACGGCACUACAAGAAGCCCCGCUUCCUGGAAUGCCUGCGCGCUGUGCUCACUGAGGAGGGAGCCGUGAAUCUGGAGUGCAAGGUCAUCGGUGUUCCCCAGCCCGCCCUAAAGUGGUACAAGGAUGGGGUGGAGCUGAAGCCGGGCGACAUUCACCGUAUUAUCUCUGGACAGGAUGGCACCUGCUGCCUGGGCACGUACACGUGCGAGGCGAGGAACUGCAUGGGUAUCGUUGCCAGUUCGGCCUCGCUGCUGGGCUUCGAGGAUGCCCAAAGAAGCCAGCAGCAAAAGAGCGAGCAGCUCCACGAGAACGAGCUGCAGAGGAACUACUCCCUGUCCACCAUCCAAGAGGAGCGCACCUCUCAGCUGUACGAGACGCCAGUCGGUGACAUAACCAUCGAUGAAAAGGGAGACGUGUCCUUCUCCUUCGAUGGCAAGGAGGUAUCGGUUUCACUCUACGAGACUCCCGAUCUUACGGAGGAGGAAGCCCUGAAGAUUGUGGAAAUGUAUGCCGAUCAAAUCUCGGAGCAUGUCACUGAGCACAACAUCGUCGAGCUGCCACCUCUGCGCUUCGUCAAGGAGACCUCGCAGUCGGGAAAACUUCUGAUGGAAGCGGUGGUCAUCGACAUUUCACCAGAAUAUUUCACAGUCGAGGACGAUAUGCGAACUGAGGCUGAUAUGGAUGACAUUUCCAUAAACGAGAUCACGGUACACGGCUCUUCGGGAAGGGAAGAUCGAGUGGACAAAGAGACUGAGGAGUAUGUUCAGCAGUCCUUUGACAAAAUGGAGGAGGAACUAUCGCUAUCGGCUCCAAUUCGAAAGCGAAAGAAGUCCAAGCCCACGGAAACAGAUGAGUUCUUCAGUUUAUCCAAAGCCUCCGCCUCUGGCAGUCAAGGUGAGGAGGAGACAUCCGAAUUGCAAACCUUUGCCAGCGCCCAGAUGUCCGCAUCACAAAAGGCCGCCUCUGGGGCACAAAGUAGUCCGGAGAAGGACAAAGAUUCAGUGGCACCGCCCAAGCGUAAGAAGUCGAAAAAACCCACAGACACCGAUUCCUCCAAGACCACUGAGGAUGAUGCUCGCCUGCAGGAUAUUUCCGGUGCAGUGGGCGACGGACUGAUGGUAACCCCAUCCUCCCAUGCAAAGGCUGUUACCGAUGAGAAUGAGAUUAAUAAAAAUCUGAUUGCCCUCGUGCCGCUCGCAAAGUUGCUGAAGGUUAUUGACAAUCAUUUGAGUGCCGUCGAGAAUGAGGUGAUGGAACAGUCCACCAUGAUGAUGACCCCGUCGGCAGCGGAUCAGAGCAUAGCCAUCAUCCGCAACAUAAUCGAUCCCAUCAAGCAAAUCGAAUCGAAAUUAAGGGUUUACUCUGGUGAGACUCAAAUCGACGCCCUCAUCCAAUCGAUGGAUGAGGACAUCCGCCGACUGCACUUGGGUCUCCAGGUCAUUGAAAAGUGCGUGGAGAUCGACGAGACUGGAGCCACGCUCAUCCAACGCACCAGUGUCUGCAUCAUUGACAGCGUGGCCGAGCAGAUGAAGAGAGCGCUGGAGGAGCUGAAAAUCGUUAGCAGGAAGUUCGAGUCGGAGUGUCUACGCGCCCAAAUCGAACUGACUGCCGAUGACAUCCAACAGGGAUUAGAGAUCACGCAGGGCACAAUUAAGUCGCAGGCUCUUCUGCAGGAGGCGCAAGAGCUGGAGGCAGCAAAGCAUUUCUCGGAAACGGUGGAAAAAAUGCAAGAAGUACCCGAUUCCGUGUCUUUUGCCACCAUUUCGGAGGCCAAUCUGCCCAGCGAAGCAAGCGCUCUUAAGGAGAUUUGCCAACCGGUGGCAAAGAUUCAGGAAGCACUGGAGCGCGUAGAAAUGGAACUAUCGCUGGAGGAGUCCGAGGAGCAGAUCUACAAGAAAGUGCACCAGAAGGUGCUCGAGAGCAUUGUGGAGCCGAUUAAGCAGCUCCAAAACACACUGCAGUCCAUUGAAGAUAAGACGGAGUCCCUCGCGGGAUCCGAGUCAAUUGAGCAGAAAAUAAACAUGGCCAUUCUGGAUAUCGUUACGCCACCUCUGUUCGAGCUCAAAAAGGGCCUAGAAGUAAUCCUUAGCGAAAAAUCAGGCAGUGUGGAGGGUGGAAUGCUGACAGUUAGCACUGUGGAAUCGAUGGUGCCCCCCUUGCAGGAGAUUCAAAACGGCCUCGCGCAGCUGGGACAAGAACUGGAAAGUGGUCAGGACCAUGUGCCUCAGGAGCAAUUGCGAUCGGAGCCAGCUUUGGGUGUGGCUGAUACCCAGAAACUAUUACAAUCAUUUGCCCAGGCUGUCUUACAUUUUGAGACGAACAUCGAGAGGAUCUCUGCCCGCCUCUCCCCUAACGUUAAGAUUCGCUUGCUGAACCUAAAGGAUGAACUGUCAGCUUUAAUAGGCUCGAUUUUGGAAAGGGAAAUAACCGGACAUCAUGUAGAAUUGCUGGACAGGCUAAAGCGACCCGUCGAUGAGCUAAACUACUGCAUCCGUCAGACGGAGGUCAAGAAUAUGACCGGUUCCUUAGCCGACUUGAUUGAACCACUGAGUAUGUUGCAGGAGAACACCCAAAAAGGUCACCAACGUUUGCUGGUCGCUCGGGAACCCGACCAGCAGGCUCUCCAGACCCUGGACAAUAUACGCAGCCUCAUCCGCAACGUGGUCAUCGAUAUAGAAGAGCACGAGUUUAAGAUUCUGCAGCAAGAGAUUCAGCAGGAUGAGGAGCAAGCGUCGCAGCAGCAGGACAAGUCAUUCAGUGCCCUGCGGAAGGUACUGGAGACUAAGGUGUCCUUGGAGGAAGCAGUUGCCAACAUAGAAACCCUGCAGGAAGCGUUAAACAAAGUAAGCGAAAGCCCCAAGGCUUCCGAACGAGUGAAGACCUCCUCAAACGAAGCCCAAGUGUACCUUCUGCGUAUCCUGCAAAUUGCUAAAGGACUGGCGACAUUUAGCGAGGCAGAGACAACACUCGACGUCAACGAGGCCAAAACAACUAGAAUUCUCUUCGAGUGUGGCAAAAGUUUUGCUGACUUGGCUAAAGCCCUACACACUCCCGAAUCCUUGACUGAGAGUGAAUUCAUAAAUGCACUGAAUCAGUUUGGUGACAUUGUUGGCCAACAAAAGGAAACAAUGGAUGAAAAACUAUCCAUUGCCAGUCCGCUCUCCAGUCUGAUUCAUGUGCUCCAAAAUUUGAAGCCCCCGAGAGCUUCCAUGGAGGACUUAUCCACCUUGGAUGAUGUGUCAGUGCUUAAGUCAGCCGCAGAGUCUUUGCCCACUGAUCCGGAUGCGGGUGUGCCCGCAAGUCCAGAGAAGCCAUCGACUGUGGCUGUUCUACUGUCUGACUUGAACCAGGGAAUCACAUCGGUUCUUUCGCAUUCCGAAGAUCCUGACGUGGUUUCGCUAUCGGGACCAGCUGCUCAGCAGGUACAGGCAGCCCUCGUUAAGAUGCAAGAGCUGCAAAGUAGCUUGGCAGUGGUCCAGGAAACCCACCUGGUGGAAGCGGCUCAUUCCAUGUCAGAGGCCAGUCAACAGGGAACAUUCGCCGAGGCGCUCUGCAGUUUGGAGCGCUGUGUUCUUCAGGUGGAGGAGUGCAUGGCCCACAGUGGCGUCGAGAGUUUGACUGAUCUGGAACUGUCCAAGCUUAAGACCUUGGCCACUCCAUUACACGAUGUGAGGCAGUACUGCGAGCAGAUUGAUGUGCAACUCCUGGAAAAUGUCACUGAUAUUUCAACGCAGGGAGAUAUCUCUGAACUUAAGAGCAGUGGCCAUCAGCAAACCGUAUCAGAUCACAUCCAGGAAGUAGCCGUCGUGGAGGAAGAGCCACAAGUGGAUGUAUUCGAUAUACAGCAAGGUGUCGCCAGUGGCAUCAAGCAAUUAGAAGCCUGUCUGGAAGUCACCCAGACGGAUGCCAAUAAAGAGCUUCAGCAAGUUGGCAAAAUAAUGGAGCAACUGAAGUCAGAUCUGGAGAACAUACAGAUUGCCCUUGUCACUGAUACCGUUCAACAGGAAACCGUUCUGGCCCAAGCGGAAAUAGCUCGCACCAUGUUCAGAUUGAAGGAGUGCUUGGUGCACACUUAUGAGUCUGGGUUGGUGGACUCCUUGGAGAACGUGGAGAGUGCUUUUGAAGACAUACUGCUCUCGUUGCCCAUUCUAGAAACGCAGUUGGCGGAGGAAAUGUUCGUCAAAAUCGAAAAGGCAUUCGCAAACUUUGUUGUCUACUGUGAGCGCCCAGACGCUGUGGAUUAUCAAAAAUUAAAAACUUUAAAGCAACCUAUUGAAGGUCUAGUAAGCUCUAUUGGAACUGUAGCCGCUCAGCCCACCGUAGAUGUCGAAAAAUCAUCUUCGGUUGUUGUUCAGCUUCAGACUAGUUUAAUGGCUGCUUUUCGAGGUAUCAACGAUAUCAGCGAGCAGAUUAGUAACGAAGUCUUAGGUGGCCUUUUGAAGACCCAAAGCAGCUUAGUGGCUGUCUUUGAUUUUAUUGAGGGCAAUGACAAUACAAUUCGUGUCAUAGAACUGUUGCAGGAAAUGGAUUCUAUUACUGCGGAAUUGAAGGCAUUGUCUGAAAUUCAUGUUGAGCCCACAGUGCCAAUCGAUAUAGGCAUAAUUAUUGAAAAUGUUUCGUCCGGAAAAGCGUUCCUUGCCGAAAUCGUGAAAGGACUUCGAUCCGAUAGCCCGAUAUAUAAUCUUUUGAUAGAUAAAUAUACGGAUGAAAUCGCGGAACUAGAGGAAACUCUUGUGCAAAUCGAGAAUGAAAUCCUUUCUCAACCCCAACUCACUCAGAUAACCACUAAGCAGUUUGCCCUCAUAGAUGCACUGCAGCUGCAGAUCAGUAAUCUUCAGGAAAAACUUAACAAUUUGAACGUGUCUCAUGCCGAACUUCAAAGUCAAUCGGAUGUCUCCUCACCUGAAUCAGCCUUGGAAACUGACAUCGAUAUUAAAGAGGGAUCAGGAAGCCAGGAAGACGUUGAACCCGAGGCUAAGAGACCCAAAAUUUUGGAAUCCGAACAACAACUGGAAUCUUUCAAACAAUCCGAAACUCAACAAGAAGGACCUCAGAAAACUGUUGAUGAAACCAUGAAGGAGAUUGAAGCCGAAUCAAAGCUACAAAACCAAAGUGAGUUAUCUGCUCAGAAAGAAGAUCAGAAGGCAGAUAAAAUAUCUGAACAAGAAAUACAACAAGAUAGAGAACAGCAAUUGAAAAAAGAGGGUGAUGCUGAGGUAAAACCAACUGAAGUUGUGCCUCAAAAGGCAUCACCUGAAACUAUUUUGGAAGCUCUAACCGAAAAAUUAUCGCAAUCUUCUAACAAUGCUAUGCAAAAUGAAGCAGUUAAAACAAUCAUGACAGAAAGCCAAGAAAUUCUUGAUAAUAUUGAUAAUAUCGAAAAGGUUUCAAAGUCAAUAUUCAAGUUAAGGGAACACAUUGUUCAUACCUAUGAUGGCAAGCCACCAGAGGAACAGACCGAGAAGGAACUCGUUGAAGAACUUAUUGAAUCCCUCUUCGAAGCCUGUCCAGAAGCCACUGAGCACGUAAUUCUAACCUACAUUAAAGAAAUUAAAACCAACAUUAUUUUGACAAAAGCGGCAAUACAACUUAUUGACGAUAGCAACAUGUUCACAAAGCCGUCUCUGCUAGUUCCUAAGCUGGUAAAUCUUGAAAAACUUUCAGAAAAAACUCAGUCGAUCAAACAUAUUGAUAAGUCAUCGAAAGAAAUGAUUAGCCUGCAACAGAAUUUGAUGGAUAUAUUUAUCAUAUUUGAUGACCUUCUUGAUGAAAGAACAGAAAAAAUAAAUCCGAAAAUAGAAGAAAUCAAAAAAAUACUGCUCAGUGAAUAUGACUACAUUGAGAAAAAAGUUGGACAACUUCACACUGCUGUGGUUAAUGGAAAAAUGCAAUUCAUUACUGAAAAGAUUCUUAAUAUUUGUGAAGAUUUUAAGGAAAUUAUUGAAAGUCAACACAAAAAUAAGGAUGCAUCAGAAGAUAUUAAAAAAUCAGAAACUGAAGAUGUGGUUGACCAUUCAAUCGAACAAAACCUUUUGGAGGAACCCCAGAAGCUGGAGAUUGAUCCCGACAUUAAAUCAGGCAAGGAGGAUUCUUUAGAUGAAUAUAUAUUCGAUAAAGAAAAUGAGUUGGAAAAUGAGAAACAAGAAGAUGAAGCUGUAGCAAUGGAGUCAAAGAAACCAGAAGUAUCUGAGGUCGUAGCUGAGAAGAUAUCUAAAGAAAAGAUUAAAGAACCAGAGAUAUCCGAAAAAUCUGAAGUAACUGACACUGAAGUUAAGUCAGAAAAAGCCGAAGCCUUGGAUAAACAAGCCCUAGAAGAAAAGCAACUAGAGACUAGUGCACAAAAGCAAGCUGAUCAGGAUGUCGAACAGAAGUCCCAGAUACCAGAAGUAUCUGAGGUCGUAGAUGAGAAGAUAUCUGAAGAAAAGAUUGAGGAGCCCAAGAAAGCUGAAGUAAAGGACACUGAAGUUAAAUCGGAGAAAGCCGAAGUCUUGGAUAAACAAGCCCUGGAAGAAAAGCAACUACAGACUAGCGCACAAAAGCAAGCUGAUCAGGAUGUCGAACAGAAGUCCCAGACACCAGAAGUAUCUGAGGUCGUAGCUGAAAAGAUAUCUGAAGAAAAGAUUGAAGAACCCAAAAAACCAGAAGUAAAAGACACUGAAGUUAAAUCAGAGAAAGCCGAAGCCUUUAAUAAACAAGCCCUGGAGGAAAAGGAACUAGAGACUAGUGCACAAAAGCAAGCUGAUCAGGAUGUCGAACAGAAGUCCCAGAAACCAGAAGUAUCUGAGGUCGUAGCUGAGAAGAUAUCUGAAGAAAAGAUUGAGGAGCCCAAGAAAGCUGAAGUAAAGGGCACUGAAGAUAAAUCAGAGAAAGCCGAAGCCUUUGAUAAACAAGCCCUGGAAGAAAAGCAAUUAGAGACUACUGCACAAAAGCAAGCUGAUCAGGAUGUCGAACAGAAGUCCCAGAUACCAGAAGUAUCAGAGGUCGUAGCUGAGAAGAUAUCUGAAGAAAAGAUUGAGGAACCCAAGAAACCUGAAGUAAAGGACACUGAAGAUAAAUCAGAGAAUGCCGAAGUCUUGGAUAAACAAGCAGUGGAAGAAAAGAAACUAGAGACCAGUGCACAAAAGCAAGCUGAUCAGGAUGUCGAACAGAAGUCCCAGAAACCAGAAGUAUCUGAGGUCGUAGCUGAGAAGAUAUCUGAAGAAAAGAUUGAGGAGCCCAAGAAAGCUGAAGUAAAGGGCACUGAAGAUAAAUCAGAGAAAGCCGAAGCCUUUGAUAAACAAGCCCUGGAAGAAAAGCAAUUAGAGACUACUGCACAAAAGCAAGCUGAUCAGGAUGUCGAACAGAAGUCCCAGAUGCCAGAAGUAUCUGAGGUCGUAGCUGAGAAGAUAUCUGAAGAAAAGAUUGAGGAGCCCAAGAAAGCUGAAGUAAAGGGCACUGAAGAUAAAUCAGAGAAAGCCGAAGCCUUUGAUAAACAAGCCCUGGAAGAAAAGCAAUUAGAGACUACUGCACAAAAGCAAGCUGAUCAGGAUGUCGAACAGAAGUCCCAGAUACCAGAAGUAUCAGAGGUCGUAGCUGAGAAGAUAUCUGAAGAAAAGAUUGAGGAACCCACGAAACCGGAAGUAAAGGACUCUGAAGUUAAAUCUGAGAAAGCUGAAGUUUUGGACAAACAAGCCCUGGAAGAAAAGCAACUACAGACUAGCACACAAAAGCAAGGUGAUCAGGAUGUCGAACAGAAGUCCCAGAAAACAGAAGUAUCUGAGGUCGUAGCUGAGAAGAUAUCUGAAAAAAAGAUUGAGGAACCCAAGAAACCUGAAGUAAAAGACACUGAAGUUAAAUCAGAGAAAGCCGAAGUCUUGGAUAAACAAGCCCUGGAAGAAAAGCAACUACAGACUUCUGCACAAAAGCAAGCUGAUCAGGAUGUCGAACAGAAGUCCCAGAAACCAGAAGUAUCUGAGGUCGUAGCUGAGAAGAUAUCUGAAGAAAAGAUUGAGGAGCCCAAGAAAGCUGAAGUAAGGGGCACUGAAGAUAAAUCAGAGAAAGCCGAAGCCUUUGAUAAACAAUCCCUGGAGGAAAAGGAACUAGAGACCAGUGCACAAAAGCAAGCUGAUCAGGAUGUCGAACAGAAGUCCCAGAAACCAGAAAUAUCUGAGGUCGUAGCUGAGAAGAUGUCUGAAGAAAUGAUUGAAGAACUCCAGAAACCUGAAGUAUCUGAGGUCGUAUCUGAGAAGGUAUCUGAAGAAAAGAUUGAGGAACCCAAAAAACCUGAAGUAAAGGACACUGAAGUUAAAUCAGAAGAAGCCGAAGCUUUGGAUAAGCUUAUCUUGGAAGAAAAAGAACUAGAGGCUAGUGCACAAAAGCAACUUGUUCAGGAGGGAAAAUCUCGAGAAGAUAUUAUAAGGACAUUGAACGAAAGGCUCACAGCAUUAUCCCAAGCAGUAGGCUCUCCUUGCGAUGACAUUUUGACAGAAAGUUAUGAAAUUGUCAAUAGCCUUGAAGAUGCUGUAGGGGUGGCAAAACUUUUAUUAAAAUUAAGGGACCAUAUAGUACACACCUACGACGGAAAAACAGAAAAAGAUGUAAAAGAUAAAGAGCUCUUCGAAUCAUUUAUUGAAUCGCUGUGCGAAGCCUCGGUUGAAGCAGCCGAGAAAGUAAAACACAAUUACCUUAAGGAAAUUAAAACCAAUGUGAUUUUAACAAAAGCAACUAUUAAACUAAUCGACGACUGUAAUAUGUUUACCAAACCGUCCUUAUUAAUCCCAAAACUUUUAAAUUUGGAGAGAGUUGCCGUAAAAAUUCAAUCAGAAACACAUGUUGAUAAGUCAUCGGAAAAAAUGAUUAGUUUGCAACAGAGUUUAAUGGAUAUUUUCGUAAUUCUUGAUGACUUCCUAGAUGAUGAGACGGAAAUUUUAAAACCAAAAAUUGAGAAUAUUAAAACAACCUUGCUCAGUGACUAUGACUAUAUUGAGAAAAAAGAUGAACCACUAUUAACGGCUGUAAUAAGUGGUAAGAUUAAAGUUGUUUCGCAAAAUAUUUUAACUAUUAUUGAAGAACUUAAACAAUUGACUGAAAAGCAUGAUCAAAAGUUGCAAGGCGAGUCAGAAGCAGAGGCAGACAAAUCCCAAGACGCUCUAGGGUCCGAAAUUGUUUCCGAAAAGAUUACUUUAGAGAGGGCAGAGGAAAGCCAAAAGGAGGAGGUCAAGGACUCUGAAGCCAAACCUAAGAAAGCAAAGGUUUUGGAGAAGAAAUCAAUCGAAGAAGAGAAAUUGGAUGAAAAGAAGGAAAAACAGGCGGAGUCCACUAUCGACAAUAAAUCCCAAAAGGCUCAGGUGUCCGAAAUUGUUUCCGAACAGGUUACUGAAGAGAAGGCAGAAGAAAGCCAAAAGAAGGAGGUCAAGGACUCUGAAGCCAAACCUAAGAAAGCAAAGGUUUCGGAGAAGAAAUCAAUCGAAGAAGAAAAACUGGAUGAAAAGAAGGAAAAACCGGCGGAGUCCACUAUCGACAAUAAAUCCCAAAAGGCUCAGGUGUCCGAAAUUGUUUCCGAAAAGAUUACUGAAGAGAAGGCAGAAGAAAGCCAAAAGAAGGAGGUCAAGGACUCUGAAGCCAAACCUAAGAAAGCAAAGGUUUUGGAGAAGAAAUCAAUCGAAGAAGAAAAACUGGAUGAAAAGAAGGAAAAACCGGCGGAGUCCACUAUCGACAAUAAAUCCCAAAAGGCUCAGGUGUCCGAAAUUGUUUCCGAAAAGAUUACUGAAGAGAAGGCAGAAGAAAGCCAAAAGAAGGAGGUCAAGGACUCUGAAGCCAAACCUAAGAAAGCAAAGGUUUCGGAGAAGAAAUCAAUCGAAGAAAAGAUACUGGAGGAAAAGAAAGAAACACAAACGGAGUCCGCUAUCGAUAACAAAUCCCAAGAAGCUAAGGUGUCCGAAAUUGUUUCCGAAAAGGUUACGCAAGAGAAGGCAGAAGAAAGCCAAAAGGAGGAGGUCAAGGACUGUGAAGCCAUACCUAAGAAAGCAAAGGUUUCAGAGAAGAAAUCAAUCGAAGAAGAGAAACUGGAGGAAAAGAAAGAAACACAAACGGAGUCCGCUAUCGAUAACAAAUCCCAAAAGGCUAAGGUGUCCGAAAUUGUUUCCGAAAAGGUUACGGAAGAGAAGGCAGAAGAAAGCCAAAAGGAGGAGGUCAAGGACUCUGAAUCCAAACCUAAGAAAGCAAAGGUUUUGGAGAAGAAAUCAAUCGAAGAAGAGAAACUGGAGGAAAAGAAAGAAACACAAACGGAGUCCGCUAUCGAUAACAAAUCCCAAAAGGGUAAGGUGUCCGAGAUUGUUUCCGAAAAAGUUACGCAAGAGAAGGCAGAAGAAAGCCAAAAGGAGGUGGUCAAGGACUUUGAAGCCAAACCUAAGAAAGCAAAGGUUUUGGAGAAAAAAUCAAUCGAAGAAGAAAAACUGGAUGAAAAGAAGGAAAAACCGGCGGAGUCCACUAUCGACAAUAAAUCCCAAAAGGCUAAGGUGUCCGAAAUUGUUUCCGAACAGGUUACGGAAGAGAAGGCAGAAGAAAGCCAAAAGAAGGAGGUCAAGGACUCUGAAGCCAAACCUAAGAAAGCAAAGGUUUUGGAGAAGAAAUCAAUCGAAGAAGAGAAACUGGAGGAAAAGAAAGAAACACUAACGGAGUCCACUAUCGAUAAUCAAUCCCAAAAGGCUCAGGUGUCCGAAAUUGUUUCCGAAAAGAUUACUGAAGAGAAGGCAGAAGAAAGCCAAAAGAAGGAGGUCAAGGACUCUGAAACCAAACCUAAGAAAGCAAAGGUUUUGGAGAAGAAAUCAAUCGAAGAAGAAAAACUGGAGGAAAAGAAAGAAACACUAACGGAGUCCGCUAUCGAUAACAAAUCCCAAAAGGCGAAGGUGUCCGAAAUUGUUUCCGAACAGGUUACGGAAGAGAAGGCAGAAGAAAGCCAAAAGGAGGAGGUCAAGGACUCUGAAGCCAAACCUAAGAAAGCGAAGGUUUCGGAGAAGAAAUCAAUCGAAGAAGAGAAACUGGAGGAAAAGAAAGAAACACAAACGGAGUCCGCUAUCGAUAACAAAUCCCAAAAGGGUAAGGUGUCCGAAAUUGUUUCCGAAAAAGUUACGCAAGAGAAGGCAGAAGAAAGCCAAAAGGAGGAGGUCAAGGACUCUGAAGCCAAACCUAAGAAAGCAAAGGUUUUGGAGAAGAAAUCAAUCGAAGAAGAGAAACUGGAUGAAAAGAAGGAAAAACCGGCGGAGUCCACUAUCGAUAAUAAAUCCCAAAAGGCUCAGGUGUCCGAAAUUGUUUCCGAAAAGAUUACUGAAGAGAAGGCAGAAGAAAGCCAAAAGAAGGAGGUCAAGGACUCUGAAGCCAAACCUAAGAAAGCAAAGGUUUUGGAGAAGAAAUCAAUCGAAGAAGAGAAACUUGAUGAAAUGAAGGACAAACCGGCGGAGUCCACUAUCGACAAUAAAUCCCAAAAGGCUCAGGUGUCCGAAAUUGUUUCCGAAAAUAUUACUGAAGAGAAGGCAGAAGAAAGCCAAAAAGAGGAGGUCAAGGACUCGGAAGCCAAACCUAAGAAAGCAAAGGUUUUGGAGAAGAAAUCAAUCGAAGAAGAAAAACUGGAUGAAAAGAAGGACAAACCGGCGGAGUCCACUAUCGACAAUAAAUCCCAAAAGGCUCAGGUGUCCGAAAUUGUUUCCGAAAAUAUUACGCAAGAGAAGGCAGAAGAAAGCCAAAAGGAGGAGGUCAAGGACUCUGAAGCCAAACCUAAGAAAGCAAAGGUUUUGGAGAAGAAAUCAAUCGAAGAAGAGAAACUGGAUGAAAAGAAGGACAAGCCGGCGGAGUCCACUAUCGACAAUAAAUCCCAAAAGGCUCAGGUGUCCGAAAUUGUUUCCGAAAAUAUUACUGAAGAGAAGGCAGAAGAAAGCCAAAAAGAGGAGGUCAAGGACUCGGAAGCCAAACCUAAGAAAGCAAAGGUUUUGGAGAAGAAAUCAAUCGAAGAAGAGAAACUGGAUGAAAAGAAGGAAAAACCGGCGGAGUCCACUAUCGACAAUAAAUCCCAAAAGGCUCAGGUGUCCGAAAUUGUUUCCGAAAAAGUUACUCAAGAGAAGGCAGAAGAAAGCCAAAAAGAGGAGGUCAAGGACUCUGAAGCCAAACCUAAGAAAGCAAAGGUUUUGGAGAAAAAAUCAAUCGAUAAAGAGAAACAUGAUGAAAAGAAAGACAAACAGAAUGAGUUCGAAUCCCAAACGGCUGAGGUUUCCGAAAUCGUUUCGGAAAAGAUAUCUGAAGAGAAGGCAGAAGAAAGCGAUAAGGUGGAACUUAAGGACUCGGAAUCCAAAUCUAAGAAGGUCUCGAAGAAGAAAUCUGCUAGCGAACCAGAAAAUACAAAGGUUGUCGAGGUAGUUUCCGACAAUAUAUCUGAAGAAAAGGCCGCUGAAAUUAAAACUCUCGAAAUUAAGGAAUCAAAGGAUAAGUCUAAGAAGUCAACGGUACAGGAGAAGAAACCAGUUGAAGACGAGAUCCGGGGUAUAAGGGAGCAAAAACCAGAUGGAAAAGCUGACGAAGAAAAGAGUCAGGUGCUCGCUUCUGUUCCUGUAAAGCUUGAAGCUGAAAAAACAGAUCAACUUGGAGCAAAGAAACCAACUGUUCUGAAUGAAGAACUACUGAUUGCAAAACGAAAGCCGCAUGAAGCUGAACAAACAGCAGAUUCUAUUAGCCUGCAAGCAUACAAGUCCAUGGACUCCGAGUACAAGGACCGAAAGGAAUCGCGAAGUGCCAAGCGGAAGCCAACUGUUGACAUCCAACUAACCAACCGAAACACGGCGUCUGGCAGCGACCUCAAGCUGACUUGUGGGCUAUCGGGUCACGAGAUGAAUGUGCAGUGGUUCAAGGAUAAGUGCCCCAUCGAGAAUGGUGCCAAGUACAGGAGAACAUUAAACGACGGACUGUCGUGCCUUGAAAUCAAAUCGGCCGAACUGGGUGACUCUGGCAUUUACCGCUGCAUAGCGUCCAAUCAAAAUGGAGAAGUCGAAACUAGCUGUCUUGUGACUAUAUACGAAGCACCUUCAAGUAAAUUUGGCACUCCGCCCAUAUUUACACGCAACAUUAGAGAUGCAUAUCAUUCCCAGGGUAACCAGCUCACAUUGGAGUGCAAGGUAUCUGGCAGUCCCAAGCCCCAUAUUUACUGGCAGAGGGAUAAUACCCUGCUGCCCGUUGAGGGCACCAAGUACCAGUACGAAGAGCAAUGUGACGGCGUGAAACUACUGACCAUUAACAACUUUGGCAGCAAUGAUUCCGGCCUGUAUACGUGCUAUGCGGAGAGUGAAAAUGGCCAAAUGAAGAUCAGCAAAUUCGUCCAGGCCUCUGAUUAUGUAAGAGAGCGCAUUGCCGAGAAGAAACCGAUUGACAAGGUCAUCCAGGACAUCAAACGGGAUGAAGCCACAAGUGCCGCGGCAAACGACACUGCAGCCGCCAAGGCGAAGGCACGUGAGGCGAAGUUGCGACUGAAUCUGGAGACCAGCUUGAAGACCAUGACCAUCGGAAGUGGUAACAAGGCGCAGCUCAUCUGCUAUGUGACUGGUAUCAUCGAGGAUGUUCACUGGCUGAGGAACGAUGAGCGGGUGACUAAGGAUGCCCGCCAUAAGAUCUACAACAUAAACGGAGCCAUCAGCCUGGAAAUCUACGAUGCCCGGGUGGAGGACAGUGGUCACUACCGGUGCGUGGUGAAGAACAGCCGGCAGACUGUGGAAAGUGCUGGCCAGUUAAGUGUGCUGGAUCAGUCCACUGGCAAAUUGCCGGAAAGCUUCUCCAGCGGUAUUAUAGAAUCGUACGACGACCAGCGUAAUGAGAUCGUGCUCAGUUGCCAGGUCAUUGGACGUCCAAAUGUCAGCUGGAUGCGUGAUGACCACUCCAUAUGCAACAACCGAUACAGAACAGUGGAAGAACCAGGCGGCGUUAGAAAGCUGGUGAUACGCAAUCCCAUAUCCUCCGACUGCGGCAUCUUCGCCUGCUAUGCAGAGCACGAGGAUAGGAUUGACUCCACUAGCAUCACCAUCAAGGCGGCCGAUCUCAAGCGCCUGAUUAACGUCAGUCAGGAGGAGAUUCCGAGCAUUGGCGAUCAUGAUAGCACGCCUUGGUCACGUAGCCAGUCGCAUUUGAGUUCCGGCAGUCAGGUCAACGGCAAUGGAGAACUUCAUCGAGCCGGCGAUCGUGUCCUACGCAGCGUGGGCAAGGGAAAACCACUGUUCCACACCCUUCUCCAUGAUCGCACUGUUUCGGAGGGCGCCAAUCUCCGGCUGCUUUGCACCGUGUCCGGAGACGAGAACACCCACAUCGAGUGGCUGAAGAACCACAAACCACUGCCCAGGGGCGACAAUCGUUAUCAGACCCUCUUCCUGAAUGGAGAAGCUUCGUUGGAGAUCUUCGCUGCGGUGGCCGAUGACAGUGGCCACUAUACCUGCUGUGCCUCGAACGAUUUUGGCGAGAGUUUAAGCCAUUCCCAGCUGCGGGUAUACAAGCACUUCCAGGAAGCCCCAUUGCCAAGUACUUUUACGCAGCCAAUCCGAGACACAUAUUCUCUCAACGAGAAUGAGUUGGUUCUGGAUUGCCGCGUACGUGGCCAGCCGCGUCCCGAAAUCCAGUGGAUCAAGGGCACGGAGCCCAUCGAGGGCAACGAGAAGUACAAGCUAAGCGACCAGGCCGAUGGCUAUGCCAAGCUGGUCAUUGUGAAUCCCACAGAGAAGGAUUCGGGCAUCUAUUGGUGUGUGGCCCGCAACGAGGGAGCGGAGAACAAGAUCUCCCACCAGGUGGACUUCAAGGGACGCCAGCACUACUCGCUGGAGAAGACGCACGGAUUCUUCCAUCGCGAUCCCAACAAGCCGCACUUCCUGCUUCCAUUGGGCAACCAAACGGUCUGCAACGGCGGCACCGUGGCCAUUUCCGCCCAAUUCAUGGAGACCAGCACACCCAUCGAGGUCAAGUGGCUUCGCGAUCGCCGGGUGGUGGAUGGACCCAAUGUCAAGGCCCUGGCCGAUCGCGGCGUCUACACGCUGACCAUCAUGAAUGCCGGUCCCGAGGUGGAGGGCACAUACACCUGCCGCGCCUCCAAUGCCUUUGGUCGCAUCGAAUCGAAUGUCAACGUCGAUGUGGCCGUGGGUGCUGAGAAGGAUGAGCGUCCUCCGCUGUUCCUCUCGCGACCGGACACCGAAAUGAAGAUCGCCGUGGGUGAUCCCUUCUCGCUGUCCUUCCGCAUUGCCGGCGAUCCGAAACCAAAGCUCACCUUCAUGAAGGGCACGAAGGACAUUACCCAGUCGGAUCGGGUGAGCAAAGAGGUGUCCGAUGACUACACAAGAUUCUCAGUGCAGCAAGCCCAGAUCUCCGAUUCUGGCACUUACUUCGUGGUAGCCCGCAACAACUUUGGCACUGACAGGAUAUUCGUCACCGUGACGGUAAACCCGCGCGCCCGAUCCGCCACGCCAACGCAACCACGCUGGGGCCUUCCCCUGGACAGUUAUAGCGACACCUCGUACUUCAGAGAUCCACCGGGUUGCAUUUCCACCGAGCCACUGGUCGUGGAUUCCGGACCCACCCACAUCUCGUUGUCGUGGGGCAAGCCGGCUAGUGCCAACUCAGCUCCGGUGAUGGCCUACAAGGUGGAGGCCUGGGUGGUGGGUCACGAGGGCGGUGCCUACUGGCGGGAGUUGGGUCUGACGCCCAUCAACUCGUUCGACGCCUUCAACCUGAAGCCCAACGUUGAGUACCACUUCCGCGUGACGCCCAAGAACCGUUACGGCUGGGGACCCACCGUCCAGACCAGCAGUCCACUCCAAGUGGGCGGUGUCGAGUGCCUGCCGGAGUUCGUCAAGAUCCUGCCGGGUCAGGCCAAGGCUCUGUUGGGCUCCUCCUUCACCCUGCAGUGCAACAUGCGUGGCGCACCGAGGCCCCAGGUCAACUGGUUCAAGGACGGCAUUCAGCUGAGCAGCAGCUCGGAACGCGUCAAGAUCCGGCAGAUCGGUUCCACCUGCGCCCUCACCAUUGCCACCGUCAGCGAACUGGACUCGGGUCGUUACACCUGCGAGGCGACCAACUCGAAGGGCAGAGUUUCCACAUUUGCCCGCCUCCAAGUCGUCUCCGAUUCGAGAAUCUACGAGGCGGACUCGCGUCUAAAGGAGAUCGCCCAUGGUCGCAAUGUGGCGGAUGUCGGUGACUCGCUGCCCAUCUUCACCAUGCGCCUAAGGGAUCGACGCGUCCAGGUGACCUAUCCGGUACGACUCACCUGCCAGAUCGUGGGCUAUCCUGUGCCAGAGAUCUUGUGGUACAAGGACGAUCAGCUCAUCCACACGGAUAAAAAGCAUCUGAUCAGCGCCGAGGGACAGUUCUUCACGCUGGAAAUUGCUGCCACCACGCUGGACGACAGCGGUACCUACACUUGCCUGGCGAGGAACGAGCUGGGUUCCGUAUCCUGUCACUGCACCCUGGUGGUGGACAAGGGCAUUCGAGCAUACAUCUCGCCAGACUUCUAUGUGCCCUUGGAUCCCUUCUACAUAUUCCGCGAGGGUUCCGAAAUCCGUCUGUCCACGAAGGUCGAGGCCUAUCCAACCGUCGGUGUCACCUGGCACCGCAACGGGAUGCGCCUGCGACCCAGUCGUCGCCUGACCGCCACCUUGGACUCCAAUGGUUUUGUGGAGCUCAUCAUUGCCGAGGCCACGGUGCGGGAUGCCGGAAUCUAUGUGUGCGUUGCAUCCAACGUGGUGGGUAAGGUGGAGACCAUCUGCCGCGUGGCCAUUGAGGAGGAGGAGAACAAGGAGGUGGCGCCGCAGCGAUCCCUGGAAAUCCCCAGCAUUAAGACUGAUGAUCUGCCUUAUUCCAAGGAGCCCCUGUUUGUGGUCAAGCCCCGAUCCAGCGAGGCGUACGAGGGUGACAACGUCAUCAUAUUCUGCGAGGUGGUCGGCGAUCCCAAGCCCGAAGUCGUUUGGCUGCGCGAUUUUCUGAAUCCGGAGUACUACAAGGACGCGCCCCACUUCCGGCGCAUUGGAGACGGACCCGAGUACAGGCUGGAGAUACCCAGCGCCAAGUUGGACUUCACCGGCACCUAUUCCGUGAUAGCCAGCAAUUGCCAUGGCGAGGCCAAGGCUGUAAUAUCGCUACAAAUAUUCGCCAAAGAUAUACUCAACAAAAGCCGCAUGGAUAAAGUGCACACGAGACAUGGCAACAUCGAGACCCUUCCCCGAUUCGUUCGCAACUUGCGAAACCUGCGCUGUUGCGAUGGGGAUGCGAUAUCGCUGGAAUGCCAUGUUGAGGCCGAUCCAGAGCCAUUUAUUAUCUGGGAAAAGGAUGGGCAUGUUGUGCCCAGCGAUCGCGACUACGUAAUGUCCUUCGAUGGCACAAAGGCCACGCUGAGCAUUCCUCGCGUGUAUCCAGAGGAUGAGGGCGAGUACACUUGCGUGGCCAAGAACUCGGUGGGCCGCAGUCUCUCCUCCGCCUGCAUCAUUGUGGAUGUGCCCGAGGAGAAGGAGAAUAUGCUGAGCCGCCAGCUAGCGCGUCCCAGUGGCCUGCUCUCCGCCCACUCUACGCCUCGUUCCACGCCGAGAUCGACUCCCGCCCGAAGUUUCUCUCCCCUGCGCCUGUCCUACCGCACCAGCAGCAUCGAUCUGUCCGCCGUGGCGGAGCGGAGACGUAGUGAUGCCCGCAAUGCCAUCACGGCGCCCAAGUUUCUCGCCAUUCCCUACAAUCGCGUCGUCGAGGAGGGCGACAGUGUGCGCUUCCAGUGCGCCAUCGCCGGACAUCCCACGCCAUGGGCGACGUGGGACAAGGAUGGUCUGAUUGUGACACCCACGCCGCGCAUUGCCGUCAAGGAAAUCGAUGAUCUUCGCAUCAUUGAGAUCGAUGAGGUGACCUUCGACGAUGCCGGCCUGUAUCGCGUCACGCUGGAAAACGAUUUUGGGCGUAUUGAGGCCACCGCUCGCUUGGACGUCAUCCGCAGCUCCCGCUAUUCCAAGUCGCCGUCGGUGCGCAGUGUGCGUGCCUCCUCCUCCCGCCGAAAUGCCCAUUUGUACAGGCGCAUCAUGGGUCCAUCCACAGCAAUUGGCGGACGCAUGGCUCUGGCAAGUGGCUAUCGGGGCUCCUCGGUGCCCUCGGUGAGAUUCUACCAUAACGACGUGGAGCUGGAGGCCUCGGAACGAGUGCACAUCCUGCUACAGGACUCAAUGGCCCUGCUGGUCGUGGAGAAUGUGACGCGCGAGGAUGAAGGCCAGUACACCUGCAUCAUAAGCGGCGACCACGAUCCCCUCAUCAGUUCCACCACAGUCACCUUCCAUGACCCGAAUACGACGAUUCCCAAGCGCCGUGCCGUCAUCACGGAACCACUGCCCGAGAUUACCAAAUCGCUGGAGGGCGAGGUGAUCGAUCUGUGCUGCUCCAUCGAUUGCGACGAGCCCUACAGCUACGUAUGGCUGCGAAAUGGCGAAAUUCUACCGGACAGCGAUGAGUUCAAUUACAUUGAUCACGGCAAUGGACGCCUCUGCCUGCGAAUCAACGACGCCUUCGACAUUGACUCCGGCACCUACAGCUGUCAGGUGUUUACAUCCAGCGACAUCAACGACUCCACCUCCGACUCCAAUCCGAACUGCAACUCCAUUUCCAGCGGAUGCGAUUGCAGCAGCAGCGGCGAACUGUGCGUCCUGGAGCGCGAUCUCCGUGGCCAGGACGAGGAGUGCAUCCAGCUGCUGAAGACGCCACUACCGGUGGUCUGCGCCGCCGGCGAGGAAGCCCUCUUCUACGCCCGUGUUUUCCCCUGCGACGCGGAAGCCGACUGGUAUCUCAAUGGGCAGCUUUUGGCCCAGGCGGAUGACUCACUUAACAUGACGUUGGAGUCUUAUCCAGAGAACGGCAUUCGGCUGCUGCGCAUGCGCGACGUGACCGCAUCGAGGAGCGGCGAGAUCUGUCUGCAGGUGAAGCAUCCCCAGGCGGAGUCCCGUCGGAUACCCGCCACCCGCACCUACACCAGCCUCCUGGUACUGCCCGCCAUCCGGGGCAACAGCUCCUCCUCCUCCUCCUCGCUGGCGGCCAGAAGCUGCAUUUCGACGCGCCCCGAGGACUGCACCGCCUUGAUUGGUGGACAUGUUCGGCUGAGCGUACGCUACGAGCCAUUCCCGGGCACCCAGGUCAUCUGGUACAAGGCGUGCCAUCCCAUUGUUGAGGGCUCCAAUGUGACGAUCCGGACGACGAGCCAACAGUCGACGCUCUACAUCACGGACAUCUCGGCGGACGACAGUGGCAAGUAUACGGUGGAGGUGAUGAACGACUACGGCGUGGAGGCGGCCGCUGCCUCGGUGGCAGUGGAAGGUCCUCCGGAACCACCAAGUGGCCAGCCCAGCGUAUCCCUCGGUCCAGAUCGCGUGGCCGUCGCCUGGUGUGGUCCACCCUACGACGGUGGCUGUAUGCUCACAGGUUUUAUCAUUGAGAUGCAGACCAUUGGGCAGGACGGCGAUGAGGACAGCUGGCAGCUGGUGACCCGAGUGGUGGACAGCCUAGCGUACACGGUCAAGAACCUGCAGCCACAGAUGCAGUAUCGAUUCCGAGUGCGUGCCGAGAAUGUGCACGGACGCAGUGCACCCGGCCAGGCCAGCGAACUGGUACAGAUAACCAAUAGGCCACAGAGAACUGCAUCAGAUGCCAGCGAUCAUUUUGGACGGACGACGGUGAGCGUGCAGUCUGGUGGAGAUUUCAAAUCGCGUUUCGAGAUCAUCGAGGAGCUGGGCAAGGGGCGAUUUGGCAUCGUUUACAAGGUGCAGGAGCGCGGUCAGCCGGAGCAGCUGCUGGCCGCCAAGGUGAUCAAGUGCAUCAAGUCACAGGAUCGGCAGAAGGUGCUCGAGGAGAUCUCCAUCAUGCGCUCUCUGCAGCAUCCCAAGCUCCUCCAGCUGGCUGCCUCCUUCGAAAGUCCCAGGGAGAUUGUCAUGGUGAUGGAGUACAUCACUGGCGGCGAAUUAUUCGAGCGUGUGGUGGCCGAUGACUUCACCUUGACCGAAAUGGACUGCAUCCUGUUCCUGCGACAGGUGUGCGAUGGUGUGGCCUACAUGCACGGCCAGAGUGUGGUGCAUCUCGAUCUGAAGCCGGAGAACAUUAUGUGCCAUACCCGCACCAGCCACCAGAUCAAGAUCAUUGACUUUGGAUUGGCCCAACGACUGGAUACGAAAGCACCCGUCCGCGUUCUCUUCGGAACCCCAGAGUUCAUACCACCGGAGAUCAUUAGCUACGAGCCCAUAGGUUUUAAGUCCGACAUGUGGAGCGUGGGCGUCAUUUGCUACGUGCUACUCUCGGGCCUGUCACCCUUCAUGGGCGAUACCGAUGUGGAAACCUUCUCGAAUAUAACCAGAGCGGACUACGACUACGACGACGAGGCCUUUGACUGCGUUUCGCAAGAGGCCAAGGACUUCAUCUCGCAGUUACUGGUUCACCGCAAGGAGGAGCGCCUUACCGCCCAGCAAUGCCUGGAGUCCAAGUGGCUGAGCCAGCGCCCAGACGAUAAUCUCAGCAACAACAAGAUCUGCACGGACAAGCUGAAGAAGUUCAUCAUUCGGCGCAAGUGGCAGAAAACCGGAAAUGCCAUCCGUGCACUUGGUCGCAUGGCCAAUCUGUCGGUGUCGCGAAGGAACUCUGCCAUCGCCAUGGGAGUGCUGAGCAGUCCAAGGCCUUCGAUAUCCGGUCUGGGCAUGCUGACCGCCAGUGCCAUCGGUGGUGGGACCAGCUCCCAGAUGACAUCCCUCCACGAGGAGGAGGACGACUUCAGCGGUGAGAUGCCGCCUGUGGAGAAGCGCACCGUUCUCAAGCUGCGGGACAAGUCGCAGUGCAGUGAACGCAGUGACUCGGGCUACAGCGAGUGCUCCAAUUGCAGUGGCGCCCAGGAGACGCUGCUCCUCUCGCUGGCCAAGUCCAAGCUGGAGGCGAUAGCGAAGGCGAGCGCCUUGCCCACCGUUGUGCACGACGACACGGAGCUGUCUGGCCCCGUCACCCUGGAGCUGCCCACCAAGGGCGAGGCCAUCAUGCGUUCCGACUUCACCAACACCAUCAAGAUGCGCAAGAAGUCACUGGAGGACAGCGCUGCGCGGGAGAAACCAAAGUCCAAGCCCCAGGUCAAGCCCCUCUUGUGUGAGUCCAAGCUGAAGGUGUCCCAGCUGAAGGACAGGUUCCAGGUGUCACCUGCUCCUGCUUCUCCAUCCGCAUCCGCAAUCGCAUCCGCUGCUAACAAACCUCCGCUUGCCUUUGAGUCCUACAAAAUAGCCAAGGUGGCGAGUGUGGGACGCAUCAGUAGAACAGAGGAGUCGGGCAGAAGCGGUAGAGGCACCUGCUCCAGCAUACCCAGUGGAUCCUCGAAAGGCAAGCCACCCCAGGUGCGAUCCAUGCCCAGCUCUCCGCUGCCCCAGCGAUCCGCGACGCCGACGCGGCUGAUGAGCCAACGUGUCCGCGAGGCGGCCGAGCGUCUUGCCCAACAGCACACGGUGGCCAGUGCUCGGCGGCAGUUUGGCAAUGGGAAGGGCACUGGAUCUGGCACUGGAACUGGCACUGGCACUGGCACUGGCACUGGCAAUGGUAAUGGCAACAGCAAUGGCAACAGUAAUGGCAAUGGUAAUGGGAACACGGCGGAGACAAAUCGCGAAUCACGCGCGCGACGUCUCAUCAACCGAUUCAACAACGAAACGCAGCAUAUCACGUCCUAGAUUAAGUCGGUUAAAUGCCGACGAGCAUAACUUUAUUACAGAUAAAGCAGAUAUAUAGCAUUGUUUAAGUAAAAAAAAGAAAUAUACCCCAGAGAAACUCUACGAAACACUCGAAUAUGAAGCGACUGCGACUGCGAAUGCGAAUGCGAGGCGACUGCGGAUCCGAAAGCACCCACCCAGCAUCCUGGAUCGCGGAUCCACAAUCCACACCCACUCACAGUAGGAUAUAUAUGCAAGGACUCCCUCCGGUCAGAGGGAACUGUACUUAGGCUAGAGGAAGCUAAGUGUUUAAAUUAUUGUAUCGAUUUAUAUACAUAUUUACCAUACUAAUUAAAGUUAAUGUAACGAAA